UAAAAAUAGUUACCAAGAUGAGAUUCACACAUGACUACUCCCGUGUCGGUGCUCAGAGAGGCAAAAAUUUCUAUUCUUGUGGGACACAUUUGCGUUUUACUACAAGCUCACGAGCUUGUAACAAGCUCACGAGCUUCUAAUUAUAAUGAUGCCGUAGAAACAUGAUAAACAAAGUUCUCAGUGUUUCAAGUCUUACUAAUAAUUUCUGGUGCAAAUGUUUGUUGGCAAGCGAGCACAAGCAAGAUGGCUGAAGCAAACGAGGAAGCGUUUAAAGUAGACGAUAAAGAUAAAGAUCAAAUUGAGCAAUCUAAAGAUCAAAACGUAUUCAAAUCUCCAUCAAAAUUUUUAAAAGUCACACAUCAGGUGAAAGCAGAAGCAUUAAGACGUUACCAAUUUCCAAAAGAAAAGCAAUUUGCUGCUGAAGAAGCAAAUUUAAAGCAACAAAGGGACCAACCUUGUGCCCUUUCAUCAGAAAUUACUGAUCUUGAGCAAUUUGCUGCUGAAGAAGCAAAUUUAAAGCAACAAAGGGACCAUCCUCGUGCCCUUUCAUCAGAAAUUACUGAUCUUGAGCAAUUUGCUGCCGAAGAAGCAAAUUUAAAGCAACAAAGGAACCAUCCUAGUACCCUUUCAUCAGAAAUUACUGAUCUUGAGCAAUUUGCUGCCGAAGAAGCAAAUUUAAAGCAACAAAGGAACCAUCCUAGUACCCUUUCAUCAGAAAUUACUGAUCUUGAGAUACCAAAGUCUAAGCAAGAUGAUGUAAGAAAUGUGGAUAUUGUGUUAGAUAGUUCCGUCAUUGAAGAUGAAAAACCAGAAAGCUCGUUUGAGGAAUCUGUUACCAGUACUACCCAUCCAGAAAUAAAUUUAUCAACAGAAUCACAUAUAGCUCAGUCAUGGUCUCUUGGAUCUCCUCAACAAUUUAAAGAUGCCAAUUCAGCCCUUCUUGAUAGCAGCAGUAGUGACGGUGGUAGUGAUAAACAAAGUAAGGAUGUUCAUUCCCAUCUUGAUGACAAGCCAGUAGCAACCUUUGUAACCAAUUCCGAGGAAAAAGCUGUUUUAAAUGAUAGCUCUACUGAGCUCACUCACACUGAAGGAGUUAUCAGUGAUGUUGAAAACACAAAAACUUAUACAGCAGAAGAACAUACAGGAUCAAUCACUGCUGAGGAAAAAUUAGUACAUUCUGCAAAUCUUUUAAAAUCUAUAGGAAAUAAGAAUGAUAAAAGUUUUGAUAAUGCAACUGAGGGUUAUGCAGCAGAGGAAAAAAUCUACCAAGAUAUUGGGACAGGUAGUAAUAUGGAUGAAGAAAAGAAUACCAUUUGCGGUCCAACUUCUAUUAAUGUAGAUGGCAAAGAUAGCGUUGAUUCUAAUGUUAAUAUGGAAUUGGCUGCUCAAAAUGAUGGUAUUGUAAUAGACAAGGAAAAAGGUCAACAUGUAUCAGCUGAUGUGAGCAACAAUAAUAACAAAAAAGAUCAAAAGAGUGCUAACGAUGAUGCAAACAUUUCAGAAAAAGAAAUAUUUAAUGAAUGUGGUACAGAAAAUUCACCUCAAGAUAAACUAGGUUUUAAACAAAGUGAAACAGAUGAAGCGGAACAAGAAGAUAUGAACUCAGAAAGUGACAAAACAAUCAAUCAAGAAGAAGAUGAUUCACUGUAUAAGAACGACGAACAGUACUCUGAAUCCUAUUCAACUGGUGAUGUACCGCCUGAUAUUUUGACAUUAUAUCAUUCUUUUGGCUUUGAAUGCACAAAACGAUCCAAUUUGCAUUUGUUGUCUCCAGAUUAUGUUAUAUUUUCCACUGGCAAUUACUUUCAAAUAUUGAAUCUAAAAACAAAAAAACAAGUCAACAUUAGAAGUACAAGUGGCAGGGGUAUUGGUGCAAUAGCGGUUCAUCCGAACAGACAAUAUUUUGCUGUAGCUGAAAAAGGCAUCAAACCAGAUAUAAUUAUUUAUGAAAACCCUUCGUUAAAAAUAUAUCGAAUCUUGCGGGAAGGAACUGAAGAAGCAUAUGCUAAUCUUGAUUUUUCACCCAGUGGAGAAAAACUUGCAUCAGUUGGAAGUGCACCUGAUUAUAUGAUGACUAUUUGGGAUUGGAAUGAAGAGCAGAUUAUUCUUCGCUCAAAGGCCUUCUCUCAAGAUGUUUAUAAAGUUGCGUUUUCACCAGAAGAUGAAGGUCACCUGUGCUCAAGUGGCACUGGCCAUAUAAAAUUUUGGAUGAUGGCAAACACAUUUACUGGUUUAAAACUGCAAGGAGAACUGGGUAGAUUUGGUACUACUGAGUUAAGUGAUAUCUCAGGAUUUGUUGAAUUACCUGAUGGAAAGGUACUCUCUGGUUCAGAGUGGGGUAAUAUGCUGCUGUGGGAUGGUGGGUUGAUUAAGGUUGAAAUAACCAGAAAAGGGAAGAAGAAUUGUCAUAAUGGUAACAUUGAGCAGUUUUUCCUUGAUGAAGGAGAACUGAUAACAGUUGGAUUUGAUGGAUUUGUAAAGGUGUGGGAUUUUGAAAGUGUAGAUACUGCCGAUGCAGUUGAUGAAAGCAAACUGUUUGAACUUGAACCCAUGUCAGAAUUAAAAGUUGGUAAUGAAGUGAAGUUAUUAUCUAUGGUAAAAUCAGUUGAUGAUGAAGAAUCUACCAUAUGGUAUGCCCAGGAUGCUUCUGGUGGAAUAUGGAAAUUGGAUUUGUCCUUUUCGCAUACUAGUCAAUCUCCCGAUAAAUUAUUUUCAUAUCAUUCUGGGAAUGUUUCGACUGUAGCAUUAUCCCCUAUCUCUCAUUUUGCAGCCACAACUGGACAGGAUGGUACUGUUCGUUUAUUUGACUUUCUAUCAAAGAUUCCACUCUGCAACAAAAAGUUUAAUUUCUCUGGAUGUUCACUUCUCUGGAUGCCUAAAAUCGUUGAUUCCACAUGCUCCUCUAUCCUUGUUGGUUUUGCGGACGGAGUUGUUCGACAUUUGUCAAUAGCCAAAAAUACGCAAAAAAGUGGGCGCAAAAAACACAACAUAUCAAAUGUUACAUUACAUUUGACACAAGUGUUUAAACCACACAUUAAACCAGUGACUUGUAUGGCUAUAGAUGGGACUGGGAAGAUUCUCGCAACAGGGAGCACAGAUGAAACUGUUUUUUUCUUCAGUAUGGAGAAAACCAUUAGGCCAAUAGGUUUUGUUGAAACUGCAGCUGAAGUUGUGUCCAUUCAAUGGUCAACAAUUAAAAUGGGUAACAAACUGUUGGUGGCGUGUAGGAAUGGUAGCAUACAAGAGUUCCUGCAACCUUCUUCUGGAAAAUUUGAUACAACCAAAUCAUUUCAGUUACCAUUGCAAGGCUUGUUAUCAAAAGAAUAUCAGUUUAAAAGCAUCAAAGAUGAACUGCUAAAAGCUGAAGAAGAUGUAAGAAAAGCUAGGGAAGAGGCUGAAAGGAUACGCAUAAGAGACGAAGAAAGAGCUCGUCGCAAGGCGCAGGGAAUUGAAGAAGAAGAUGAGGAAGAAGAGGAAGAAGAAGUAAAAGAUGAUGAUGAUGAUGAUGAUGCUCCUCCAGUUAAACAUCCACAGGGAGAUGUCUUGAAAGCAUUUUAUCGUGGUAACACGGGAAAGUUUGUGCUGACAAUGGACGGCUGGGAUGCAGGAUACCUCUACGAAUGCAGUUUUGAGAAUGAAAACGAAAGUUCAGUGCGGGCCAUUAAAAUUCCAGAUAUUAAUGAUGUUCCUGUCACUUCGUUACAUUUCAGCAAAGAUGGAAGCUACCUUGCAUUCGGUCUAAAAGAUGGUGCGUUACGUGUUCACAGCAUGGCGUCAUGUACAUUGGAAAAUUUGACUUCAUAUUGGUAUACAAACGCGCACGAUAAUGAUUAUGGCUCUGUUUCUGACAUCGAGAUUAGUUUUGAUAGCAAAUUUUUGAUCAGUGUUGGUAAUGAUGGCAACAUCUUUGUAUUCUCAUUUAUGGAUGAAGCCAAACUGAAAGCUGCCUUAGCUCAAUUGAAAACAAACAUUAACGCAAAGGAUGUAGAUACGAAACCCGCUGAUGACAUUGACGAUCCUAAACAUUACAGUAUUGAGUUAGAGAAACAAAAAGCUGAACACGAUAGAAUGGUGCGUUUAGCUGAAGAGAAAAAACAGCAAGUAAAAAACACGAUUGGAAAGCUUAGAAGACAGUUUCGUAAACUGAAAACAAGGAAUGAGGAACUUCCCAGCUAUCUGCAAUUACCAACAAGUGAUUUUAUCAUUGAUCCUCAAAUGAAAGUUGAUCUUGAAGUUGAACGAGAAGAGAAGAUUGAGCUGGUUAAAAAGGAAACUGCGUAUGAAUCCGAACGACAUAGAAUCGCUUUAAUGAAAUUGCAGAAGAGAUUUAAAGAAAGUGUGGAAUGCGAUCGUAUCGUUCUUUAUGCGUUCGGUACCGAGCACAGCGUGUCGUCUUAUCGUGCAAGCAAACUGACAGAAGAGUUUUUCUCGCUAGUAGCCGAUAACAAACGCAGAAUGACACUUCGAGAAACUGGUGAUAUUCUUUCCGGUCAACCAAGAAGAACUUCUUGGAAAGUUGCUGGCAAAAUUGCUGGACUUCGUAAAGCUAGUCAAGGUGAAAAAGAUGAAGGGAAAGAAGAUGGUAUAAACGCAGCUGCUCAACCAACAACGCAAACACAAAAACUGGAAGGUAAAAUUGCUAAGGUUAUUGAGAAAGUUGAAGAAAGAAAAUUGAAGAGAUUAAACAGACAAAAAGAGUGGGCGGAGCUCUAUAAAAACAAACCAGAUGAAAAUUACGAGGAUCCUAAAGAUAUCGAUGCAAUCAAAUUUGCAGCACUCACGAUAGGAGAUUUCAAACUAAAAACAGCCAGUGAUUACGUUGUUCCAGAAGCUCAGAGAGUAAAUGCAGAGAAGAAGAGAGCUCAACUAUUUGAUCUGGAAGUAAAGGUGCACGAUUUAAAAAAGAAUUUCAACGACAGGUUGUUAAAGUUGCGUGACCGAAAGAUAGCAACUAUACAACAGAUUAAAGAUCUAACAGAAGAGUUAGAAGUUGUACAGUCUCAUCUACCAGAAACCAAUCACAAACUUGUGCCAGAUGUUCCUUCUAUGAAGCCCGAUGAGUUGCCAGAGAAGAAUCUUGAAUAUACAACAGAGACAUUGAUGAAAUUUCGUACUGAUGUGCUGGGCUUACAGCCAUUACAAGCUGACGGUGUUGCAAGUAAUGUUGGUACUGUCGAGAACCAAUCAAGCAAGACUGUCUCCAAUGCUCGAACAGUCACCAAUCCCCGAUUGCGAUCAACUUCUAUUGUUUCUAACUUCUCAAGCAUACCACAGUCGGAUUCUAGUAUCCAAAGUGAAACUCCUGAUAUCAUCGACGAAGAAGUGCAGCACGAAGGAGAGUCGCCACUUGAAGUAGCUAUCGAGAAAGAAGAAAUGAUAAGGCUAACACAUCAAAGAGACGAGUUGUUAAAAGACAUAUCAGGAAAACUGAACAGUUUUGAUGCAGAGCUACGGCUUCUCCGCCAUGACAAAAUACAUUUGGAUACGAAGUUGAAGAACGCUGAGCUAAAAGAAAUUACUCUGUUUGAAGAGCUUAUAUUACUGAAAGAUUUCGAGAAACGUGAAGAACAGUUAAGGCAAAAAGUUGUAUCGAAAUUUCAAGAGAAAGAAGAAAUGGAGGACAAGUUUGAUGAAAGUGAAGAGCUUCUAACUUUAAAGAAGGAAGAAUUGGACCACUUGCUUCAACGAGAAAAAACGCUGUUUACUACCUUCUCCAACACUAUUGGUGAUAAUAAUAAAUUUGAAGGCUUUCUAACAAAAGUGUUUAAGAAGAAAAUUAAACGUGCUAAAAAGAAGACGACUGACGGAGGCCAGUCUGAUGAGGAAAGCAGUGAGGAGGAGAGUGAUGAUGAUUAUGACAGCGAUGAGGAAGGUGAUUCUGAUGAGGACGACGAAUUAGAUGAUAGUGUUUGUCCAACUGGUUGUGAUCAGGUUAUUUUCGACCAGAUAUGUCAGCUGCGAGAAAGAAAAUUGGAUUUAGAAGAGAUGAUCGUUGAUGCAAAAAAAGCUGGAGACAGCACUAAGAAAGAAGUGGACGCUUUGUCGAAGAAAGUUAAAAUUGUCACUUCUGCAUUGAAAAAUGCUGCUUCUGACUUAGAAGCUUUUCAGCGCGAAAAGCAACAAAAACUCAACGAAUUAAAUGUUGUUGUCACAUUGAAGCUGGAUCAAAUCCAAUAUGUUGUGAAUAAUAUCAUCCCGCAUGAUUUAUCCAAGUGUUUGGUGUUUGAAAGAAGUUUUCUAGACAGAUUACAAAAAAGAAUAAAAGAACUAGAAAAAGAAAAAUUGAAACAAAAACAGUUAUACAGGGAAAGACGUCAACAGCAUGUCCAAAUGAUUCGUGACAAGAAAACUAUGGAUACGAAGAUAAAGGAGCUGGAGGAUAAAGUCCAACAAAUUCAGAUGCUGAAAUUCGGCAGACUUGUCGAUUUAGAAAAGUUGGAAACAGUUUCGGUUAACCGGGUCGCGGAAGAAUUAAAAGAAAAAUUACGUGAUCAGGAGAAGAGAAAUGCGAAAGAUAUCGCCGGUUGGGAUAAAAAAAUCGACGGCCUCCAAACAGAGCUAACUAAACUUAUUCGAGAAAAUACGAAAAGACUCGAUACGUACACGAUAUUUCAUCAAGAAAAGAAACAGCUGGAACACCAAUUAGAUUCACGUCAAAAAAAUUUAGGCGGUGAGUUUCGUGGAAAUCGCAAAACUGAUCUCGAAGAACAACAGCGUUUGGUACAACUUGUGCAGUUGCAGUCACAAGAGAUAGAUGCAUUAAAAAACGAAAUUAGCGUACUGUCGAGAAAAGGUGGUCAUAUCAUGCCGCCACCAGGGCCAUCUGCACGACGACCACCUCGAGAAAAUGCGACGCAGUAACUUUUAUGUUGCUUCACAAUUUGGGAAACUGUUAAUAUAUGUAAAUUUAUAUACAAUGGAACCUCGUAUAAUAUGAUUUUGUUGUUGCAUAAAAACGAUAAUUCACAUUCUUGAUAUAGAAAAUUGUUUUAAUCGGUGCCGGUUUGAUAAAAAUAUAUAUAUUGAAGAACUUCUCCAACGCGGUCAUCAACUAAGCUGGGAAAGUUUGACCAUAAGGUCCAUUGUAUAUAGUAUAUUAAAAGUUGUAUAUUAUUUUUUAUGUUAAUCUUUUAUUUUGUUGCUGAAAGAUUAAAAAUAAUAUAUUUUACAUGUUACGAUAUAUAAUACAAUUCUGAACCA